GAAAGGAUCCUGUAUGGUGCCCCUCGAUAAUGCUGGACAGGUGAGAACCGGGACUAAUAUAGGCUCUGAAAAUCACAUUUCCAGGGCGAAUUGAUAGCUGAUAUUUGACAUUUUAUACUGUGAGUGAAAUAGUUAUGUGUGGUCACGUGAAUAACUUGGAUAUACAAUUACAAAGAUUACUGCAGCAUUAUCCAGAAGGGAUUCCUCAAUCUGUGAGUCAGCGUUUACAGAAAAUAAUCAUAUCAAAUGUACAGUCUCCAACCAGUAAUUCCACAAUUACAAAAAACGACACAGAAGCAACGGGUCCGGGUCAUAAAGGAAUAUCCGUACAUCUUGUUGUAAACAAUACUAAAAUCAACAAAACAAUGGAGAAGUCAGUGUCAGGAGAAUCAAAAUCAAUUCCUCUGCCGUCAACGAAUGUUGCAACAAACCUGACAAUGACAAGAAAUGAGGUUCAGGCAUUGAGCAACAUUAAAACCAAUUUUACGAAUCACAACGAGGAAAAGAACAACAACACAGACCGAAACUCUCAAUAUGGCGAGACAGAAUAUCAAACAGAAAGCAAGUCGAAUAUCACUAAAAAGUCACUGAAUCUCAAACACAAAAUACAAAAAGUUGUUGUUGAUCACGUUAAUAAACACGGAAACCCUGCGGAGAAACCUGUGAAGGCAGAGAAAAAACCCACCGUAACAACCAGUAGCAAUUCUCAUAAAUCAAAACAGGUUCCACACCACAAACCAAAGUUCACGACAUUACAUCAACAGAAAAUAAAAGAUAAUAAAGAUAAAAAUAAACUCGUGUCACACAUGGGAACACACCCUAUAUCGCCAGUAGCCAAAGUAAGUAAUGGUUUGUCAGAGCUAAAACAAAUCCCGGUAACAAAGAAACAGCAGCAUCCAUCAUCAUUGCACCACGGUAAUAGUAAUUUAAAUCAUAAAGCAAAUUCGAGCAAGAGAAGGAAAAGCAGUGUAAUUUCACUACCUCAAAGUCAUACUUCGAGUUUUGCACGAAGAAAUCAUCAAGGAAAAGACCGAUCAAAGAAACAUUUAAAGCAGAACCAAAAUAACUUUCCCAUGUCACGCAUGUCCAUUCCCAGAAAAGGUGUUGCCAUUGCAGACACAAAAACCAAAGAAAAGGAGAUGUCUACUUCAAUAUUUUCCUUUAGUUCCCCAAGGUUAUUCAAUCAGAAAGUACUGAAGUCGCGCACACCAAUUCUCCCUUUCAAUAUUCGUCAAACUAAAAAGAAAUUUUCUUUGAUGCCGACUGAAAAUCAAUUAUCUCGUCCUAAAGAUUCCUUAAAUGUUCCUAUCUACCGAAAAAAAGGUUCAAUGGUCCAACCGACAACUCAUUCCCCAAAUUCGUGGAAAAGACCUGUUCCUGAAAGACAGUUUCCCUGGGAAAAUAUACCGAAUAAACACAUGGGGGUAACGCCAUCUCCAAAUACUCUAUAUGAUCAAAAUAAUGUUCAACCCACUGCACCAAAUAAUUAUUAUUAUGACAAUUUCAAUUUUCAAGAGACUGUUCACAUUGAUGGACCGUAUCCACAGAAUGCUCUCGUCAAACCACUGGGUGCAUCUCCUAUAAACAGACAACAAACGUGGCAGGAUCCGUUUUCCGCUAGCGCAACUGAUCGAACGCCAUUUGAAAACCAACGGAAACCCGAGAGAUUGGUUAUAAAUUUUCAAGGAUCCAAUAAGCUUGGUAAAUCAAAGUCACUGACCGGAUCAAAUAAAAACGUUCGUAAAGAAGUGAUAAACAGCCAUUCACGCAAAGUAGGUAUUGGUGAUACACCCCAAUCACCCCAACAGUGGUCAUCUCAACCAAGCGUCGUAUACUCUAACUCACAGGACGGUACCCAAAAUACAAAGUGGAACAACAGACAACGAUCUUCGUGGCAAAGGAUGCAAGUUGACAAACAGUCACCCUCUCAACAGGGAUCAUCUCAAUCAAGUGUUGUCUAUUCGAAAUUUCAAGACAGUCCACAGCAGCAGAACCGGAAUGAAAUCAACCAAAGGUCAGCGUUGGGAAAACCUAGGAACGUACAAGAUCAAAGAUUUAACGAAAAAUCUGGAAGAAAUGGUGUUUUUACAUACACUACAACCGUAUCUCCACCAUUCUAUCCAAACCCAUCUCCAUCUACUAGUAUGUUUACAUCAUCAAGUUCAAGAAGAAGACCCCAACUAGAUUCCCAAACAAACACGCACACAUUUUCACAAGGCACUAUGGAAAUCGGACAGAAUCCCUCAGGAUGGAAUGAUUUUAAAACACCUGUUCCUGAUAAAAAGGCAUCGAUGACACAUUCCAAACCUAGAGAUACACCCUUCCAUGGUCUACAAGUUAACAAGGUUUCUUCAUUGGACAUAACAAUUUCUCCCAAUUUCUUAUACAAUCAGGAACAAACAUCACCGUAUCCCAGACAGGUUUCUCAACAACAAGGAUAUUCAAAACCACAACGAAACCCGAGUGACAUUACCUAUAAUCACCAGGAAAUCCCAAAAGUGGCACCAUGGCCCUCUGCUUCUACGCCUUCACAGACACAGACUGUAGUACCAACAACUUAUCGUAAUGAAUUUUCAAGACAAGAUUCGUUUGCUACGGAGACACCAAACGGGUGGUCAAUGGUUGGCUCUUUGAAUAAAAUCCAGAAUAUCUACGGUACCACAACACCAUCGCCUAUUUUGCAGCAAGGAAACAACCAAGAACUACGAUAUCAAAACACUCAACAACGUCAAAACACGAAUGUCUUAGAUUAUCAACAUAUCAACAGACAAAAUGAAAUUCAGCAACAACCUCAACAACACGUUCCAUUCAAACAGCCUCAGUUAAAACAAGGUUUUCAAUCGUCACAACAAUAUUACCCCGAUUUCCAAAAGGAAACCAAUCAACAACAGCAAAAUUCGUUCUCUAGCCAAGGAAACCAUCAACAGAAUUCUUUCCAAAAUCAACAACAAAAACCGCUCCAAAUACUCAGCGGGAAAAUGAAUCAACAGAACGAAAUUCCGUCUCCACUUCAACACCAACAAUCAAACCAACAACAAAGUGAGUUAUUUGGUAUUCAGAAGAAAACAUUCUCAAAUCAACAACUGCAACAAACAAGUCAAAAUCAAAAUGAGAACUUUAGUCAACAACGACAAAAUUCGUUUCCGAAUCAACAAAACUCUAAUCAACAGCAAAUCGGAAAAAUCAGCAAUCAAUACAAAAAUUCACCCCCAAUUCAACAACAAACAAUUAAACAAAUCGGUCUAAAACAAAACCAAUCUUUGCCUUCGAAUCAACAAAAUGGAAAAUUUGAUAAUUCUUUUCAAAAUCAACGACAGCCAAAUCUACAACAAAAUGAGAAUUUCGGUCAGAAACAAUUAAACCAUCAGCAAAAUGGUCCAAUUUUUCAACGACCACAACAGCAAAACCAGCCGCAAAAUGGAAAAAUGGGCGAGCAGCAGCAAAACUCCUUCGGAAAUCGGCAACAUCAACAGCAGCAAAAUUCUUUCUCAAAUCAACAACAGCAACAAACAAGCCAACAACAAACAGUGCUAAUGAAUCAACAGCGGCAGAAUUCGUUCGAAAAACAACAACAAUCAAACGUACAGCAAAAUACACAAAACUCAAUCAAGAAUCAACAACCACCACCGUUGCGGCAGCGGCAACAACAGAGAAAAAACAGGUUCAAUCAAAUUCAGCGAAGACCACCUAUUCAACAACAGGGAUUCCAGCAACAGAAUAAGCAGCAGAGGUUUCCCCAAAAACCACCAAAUAACGCUAAAAGAUUUGCACCAAAUCAGGGACCCUUCAAGCGUCGGAGAGCCAAAAAAAUUCCAGCACCGGCUUAUCUGACAUUCGGUGUAUACUACUCGGAUGGAUCGACAACAGAAGAAGAGCACCAGUUGGCGGGAAAACUAGUUCACACCAUCACAAGAUACAACGCCGAAAAAGUCGAAAGUAUUUCCGAUUACCUAACGAUGGAUCACGAAUGGAGCACAUUUGGAUUGGUAUCUCAAGGCAGUAAUCAUGACACGUGCUAUGUUGGAAAAAUACAAGCUGACAUCAUGCAAUCAUAUGAAAAUAUUGUGAACAAAACAAGGGUUUCCGACAUUCCAUUUAUCGAAGCAGAAAAUAAGAACUUUGUUUACCAAGAACUCAGGCAAAUUGAUUACAAUGAGGCUGUCAAUGAAGUCGGAGGAUUUGUAGCGGAUUCUUGUGGACAUAGGGCCAAUAUAUUCCUAGUGGCGAGAUCUCGUCACGGACAGUUUAGAGUCGGCAGGAAGGUUAUUCCAUCCGCAGCCUGUUUAUACGGACCACCUCAGAAAGCUGGGAAUAACGCCCCUAUGAAAUGUUAUAUGGGAAAUUGUAAAGGGAAUCACAGUUGCAAUGCUGAAUAUAACAUCUGUUGUCCAAGAAGACCACAAAAUACAAGAUGUCGAAAAAUGUCUAUUGGAAAGUUUUGUGUGAUGCAUGCGCAGUACGGUUACUACCCACGAUGAGAAACGUUAAAUAGUUUUUAAGAGUGUAGCGAG